AUGCUCCUCUCCGGUUUGGAACCCGGAAUCGUGGGACCCGAAACCAAUUUCGUGAACAUCGGAGAACGUUGUAAUGUCGCGGGAUCACGGCGUUUCUGUAAUUUGAUCAAGAAUGAAAAUUAUGAUGUGAGUUUUGCCGCCAAAAUUGAAGAAAAUGGUGGAUUUUGAGCUGAAUUUCAUGAAUUUUGGACUAUUUUUCACAAAAUUUCGCCCCGGGACUCAUUUGGUGUCAAAAAAUCAAAAAAUUCCCAAUUUCCAGGCAGCAAUCGAUGUUGCUCGAGUUCAAGUCGAAAGUGGAGCCCAAAUCCUCGACGUAAAUAUGGAUGAUGGACUUUUGGAUGGUCCCUACGCUAUGGCCAAAUUCCUUCGACUCAUCUCAUCUGAACCCGAUGUUGCAAAAAUUCCAGUUUGCAUCGAUUCAUCAGAUUUCGCUGUAAUUAUUGCGGGACUUGAAGCAACUCAGGGAAAAUGUGUGGUUAAUUCGAUUUCGUUGAAAGAGGGAGAGGAGAAAUUCAAAGAGCGGGUGAGGGCUAUUUUUGGGGAUUUUUUGAGCUAGCAAUAUUGAAUUUUGCAAUUUUUCGAAUUUCUUGUAAUUUCUUGUAACCUGAAAUCACAAGAAAUUCAAAAAAUGAUGAAUCUCCACCUAUAAAAUCUCAAUUUCUUCCAGGCUCGAAUCGUAAAACGCUACGGAGCCGCAGUAGUCGUAAUGGCAUUCGAUGAACAAGGUCAAGCAGCCGAAACCGAUCCAAAAUACUCGAUUUGCGAGCGAAGUUAUCGAAUCUUGACCGAAGAAGUCGGUUUCAACCCGAAUGACAUCAUUUUCGACGCAAAUAUUCUGACAAUUGGAACCGGAAUGGAAGAACACGCGAAUUAUGGAAUGUAUUUCAUUGAGGCGACACGAAUGAUUAGGGAGAAUUUGCCUGGAGCACAUGUUUCGGGAGGAGUCUCCAAUAUUUCGUUCAGUUUUAGAGGAAUGGAGGUCGGUUUGGGAUUUUGCGCGGGGAAAUUUGGGGCAUUUUGAAUGUAAAUGAGCCUAGAAUAAUUUAGGCUCCGCCCCUUUUUAUGUGCCCGGAAAAUCCGAGAACUGAAAUUAAAUCUCCCGAGUUACCCCAACUUCCCAAUUUUCCAGGCAAUCCGUGAAGCCAUGCACUCAGUAUUCCUCUUUUACGCAAUCAAAGCCGGAAUGGACAUGGGAAUCGUAAAUGCAGGAGCACUUCCACUUUAUGAAGAUAUCGAUAAAGAUCUACUAAAACUUCUAGAAGAUCUAUUAUUCAAUCGAGAUCCAGAAGCUACGGAAAAAUUAUUAGUCGCUGCACAAGAAAUGAAAAAAGAUGGCAAAAAAGCGGACACAAAAACGGAUGAAUGGCGUGAGACUACGGUAGAAGAACGGUUGAAAUAUGCGCUAGUCAAAGGUGUUGACACAUUUGUUGUAGCUGAUACAGAAGAAGCCCGGCAGAAUACUGUGAAAUAUCCGAGACCGCUGAAUGUUAUUGAAAGACCAUUGAUGGAUGGAAUGGCGGUGGUUGGGGAAUUGUUUGGAGCUGGUAAAAUGUUCUUGCCACAAGUGAUCAAAUCUGCGCGGGUUAUGAAAAAGGCUGUGGCUCAUUUGUUGCCGUUUAUGGAUAAGGAACGCGAGGAGAAUAUUGCGAAAAUGGGAUUGGAUGCGGAUGAGGUGAGCUGGGGGUUUUUGUGUAGGAAAUUUGAGAAAUUCUGAGAAAAAAAGAUGAAAAUAAUGUUUUUUGACCUAGAAAAUUCAAAUUUUCUAAAAAAUUUUUAGAAGAAAAAAUCUGCCUUUUGAAAGUGAAAAAUUGCAUUUUUCUGAAAAUUUCUGAAAUUUCGAAAAUUGAUUGUUGUUAACCAGAAAUAGUGAAAAAUCUUGCUUGAAUUCUCAUUUCUGAAAAAAAAGUCUUGAAAAAAUCUGAUUUUUGCAUCUGGAAAAUUGAAAAAUUAUGAAAUUUCAGAAUUUUGAAAUGAAAAUUGAUUAUUUCGAAAUAAAAGGGCAAUUUUUGACUAGGCAUACUUGAAAAAUCUUGAAAAUUUAAUUCCAGAAUCAAAAAUCCCGAUUUUUGGCUCUAGAAUUCCUCUAUCUGAAAAUAUUCUGAAAAGCUAAAAAAAAUCUGAAAAUUUCACAAUUUUGAGCUGAAAAUUUGAAAAUCUUGGAUUUCUGGCUUGAAAAAUUGAACUUUUAAUUUUUAUAAUGAAAAAUUCUGAUUUUUUGAAGCUUAGAAUUCCAUUUCAUAAAAAUUUAUCUGAAAUCCUCGAAUUUCAAUGAAAGAAUUUUCCAGCAUUUUUGAACCCAUAGAAUUCCCCUAUCUGAAAAUUUUCCGAAAAUUAGAAUCUGACAGAAAUCGGACAAGAAUUUUUUGGCAAAAAAAUCUGAAAAAAAUCUAAAAAUUCCAGAGUCCCUACCAAGGAACAGUUGUAAUCGCCACAGUAAAAGGAGAUGUUCACGACAUCGGAAAGAACAUUGUAGCCGUUGUUUUGGGUUGUAAUAACUUCAAAGUCGUCGAUCUGGGAGUUAUGACACCUUGUGAAACUAUUAUCAAAGCUGCAAUUGAUGAAAAAGCCGAUUUUAUCGGAUUAUCUGGAUUGAUUACACCGUCUUUGGAUGAAAUGGUACAUGUGGCAAAGGAAAUGAAUCGACUUGGAUUGAAGGUUGGAAGGAGUAGUUCAGAGUUCAAGUUCAAAAAUUUUUCUUGCAGAUCCCACUUUUGAUCGGCGGAGCAACAACUUCAAAAACGCACACAGCUGUCAAAAUCUCGCCCAGAUAUCCUCAUCCAGUUGUUCAUUGUUUAGACGCAUCGAAAUCGGUUGUUGUUUGUGCUGCACUUUGCGAUCAAACUGUUCGAGACGCGUUUUUGCAGGAUUUGAAUGAGGAAUAUGAGGAUGUGGGUUGUUUUGGGAUGGACUGUAAUUAUCGUCUGAAAUUUGGAUUUUUUUGAUACUCGACAUGAAUGAGCUUAAAAUUAGGUCAAAAGUGGCCUAGAAAUCCAGUUUUUCAAAUUUUGAAGAACAUUUUUGGUCAAAAUUUCUCAAGUACCUGAUUUUUCCAUGAAUUUUGGGUAAUUUUAAUCAAAAAUUGAAGUUUUUAAAUGAUUCUCAGCCUUUAUCGACCAAAAAAUCAAUAAAUUUAUGAAUUUCAGGUCCGUCAAGAGCACUACGAAUCGCUAAAAGAUCGUCGUUUCACAGCUCUCGAAAAAACGCGCGACAAAAAGUUCCAAAUCGAUUGGAAGAAUUUCGAAGCUGUGACACCCACAUUUUUAGGCAAACGCGAAUUUUUAAAUGUGGAUUUACAAGAACUUCUACCGUAUAUUGAUUGGAAGCCAUUCUUUGAUGUUUGGCAACUCAGAGGCAAAUAUCCGAAUCGAAGUUAUCCGAAAAUAUUCGAUGAUGCUGAUGUUGGAGCAGAAGCUCGAAGAGUUUUCGAUGAUGCGCAAGUUUGGCUCAAAAAAUUGAUCGAUGAGAAAAUUCUGAAGGCGAAUGGAGUGGUUUCAUUCCUCCCAGCUGGAUCUGAGGGAGAUGAUAUUCAUGUGUUUGACGAGAAAACUGGUGUGAAAUGUGGAACUUUUUAUGGAUUGAGACAACAAUCGGGAAGAGAACACGAUCAACCGCAUUUCUGUUUGUCGGAUUUCAUCAAACCGCUUGAAAAUGGUGAGAUUUUGGGGGUUAUGAGCACAAUUAUCAGAAAAAAGUGUGUCAGGGUUGCAUUUUUGUGAAGCUCCGCCCAUUUUUUUGCUAGCUUGUCACGGUUUUUCCUAUUUGUCUUGAAAAAAGUGUGCCAGGAUUGCAUUUUUCUGAAGCUCCGCCCGUUUUUGCAAGCUUGUCACAGUUUUUCAUAAAAAUUCAAUUUUUUCACCAAAAAUCCGAAAUCCAUUGCAUUUUGAAAAUGUUUCAAAUGUUUCAGAUCUCAAAAAAACCAAGAAUUUCUGUUAAAAAUGGGCGGAGCUUCAUUUUGCAAACCUCGCACAGUUUUUCUAUCUGAAAAUACGAUAAAAUUUUUCGAAAUUUCUAAAACUGUGCCAGAUUUGCAUUUUUCAAAUCUCCAAAUUUUUCAGAUUAAAAAAAAACCAAGAAUAUCUGUUAAAAGGGGGCGGAGCUUCAUUUUGCAAGCCUGGCACAGAGUUUUCAAUCUGAAAAAACGAUAAAAAUUUUCCGAAAAUUCUGAAAAUCCAAAUUUUUCAGGUCGCCCAUCAGAUUAUCUUGGCCUUUUCGCUUGCACAGCCGGACUCGGAGCCGAAGAAUACUGUAAAAAAUUGGAAGACGAAGAACACGAUGACUAUGCCUCAAUUAUGGUCAAAGCAUUAGCUGAUAGAUUAGCCGAAGCCUAUUCCGAAUAUUUGCACAAAGAAGUUCGCACAAAUCUAUGGGGAUAUUCGAAAAAUGAGGAAUUGACUGAAACUGAUUUGUUAUCCAUCAAAUAUGAUGGAAUUCGACCGGCUUGCGGUUAUCCAAGUCAACCGGAUCAUACAGAAAAAAGAACGUUGUGGAAAUUGUUGGAAGCUGAGAAGGAGGGUAUCAUUUUGACAGAACAUUUGGCAAUGUUACCGGCUGCCUCAGUUUCCGGAUUGUAUUUUGCCAAUCCGCACAGUCAAUAUUUUGCUGUCGGAAAGAUUGAUCAAGAUCAGGUAAUUUUUGAGGGAAAAAACUACGACACUCCGCAAUUACACAUGGUUUUUUGGCGUGAAAAUUCAAAGAGAGAUCACAACUGGAAAACCUAAAAUUUUGCUACGAUGUUCCGCAAUUACGCAUGGGUUUUUGCCGGGAAAUUUGAAAAAAUUGAAGUUUUUGAGAAAAUCUGGAAGAUUUCACGUGGUUUUUCGAUGAAAUGACGUGGCGAUUCGGAAUUCUAAAAAAAUACGAUUACACGUGGUGAAAUUUUUCUUGCAAAAUCACGUGUAAAUGGAGCAUCGUUGUUUUUUUUAUCCAAAAAUUCAAAUUUUAUAUUUUUGCGUUAUUUUCAGAUCAUCGAUUACUCAAAUCGCAAAAAUUCACCACGCGAAGAAGUCGAACGAUGGCUUUCGCCAAAUUUGGGAUAUGAUGUUGAAUAA